GGAGGUUGGGAGGGAAGUGUGACCAGCAGGAAGAGGCGACAAUGGCGCGAGGUGGCGCGUGGGCGGCGGCGGCGGCGGCGGUGCUGUGGUGGAUGGCGGCGGGCGCCGGGGCGGUGUGGCUGGAGAUCGCGCCGUCGGGGACCAAGUGCGUGGCGGAGGAGAUCCGGUCCAACGUCGUCGUCAUCGGCGACUACGCCGUCCUCUACGAGCACCAGCAGGUCCAUCCCACCGUCUCCGUCAAGAUCACAUCCCCUUUUGGGGAUACCAUACACAAGAAAGAUAAGGUUACGGUGGACCAGUUUGCAUUUACCACAUCAGAAGCAGGAAAUUACUUGGCUUGCUUUACAGUUGACGGUGAUAACAAGGGUUUGGUGGUGAAACUAAAUCUUGACUGGAAAAUUGGUAUCGCGGCAAAAGAUUGGGAUGCUAUUGCUAAAAAGGAAAAGAUUGAGGGAGUUGCGCUAGAGUUGUUUAAGCUUGAUGAAUCUGUCCAAACAAUCUAUGAAAAUCUGCUCGUGCUGAGGACCAAAGAAUCCGACAUGAGAGAUGUCAGUGAGGUGACGAAUGCUAGGGUCUUAUGGUUGAGCAUGAUGUCGCUCGGUGUUUGCAUUUGUGUUUCAGUUAUGCAGCUGGUGCAUCUAAAACGGUACUUCCGAAAGAAGAAGCUUAUCUGA